UCAAAAUAAGCACCCCCAGCCCCUCCCUGUCCUCGCAAAUUUAUGUAUAAAGAGCUGGAGUAAAGAGGCAAUCGUGUGGCUUCUUCUCUUCUUUUUUCUCAUUCAACAAACACUUUCAAUCCCCAUUCUGUUUCUGUUUUAUACAGGCUUCUUUCCUUCCUGCUUUUAAUUGUUUCUUUUCUUCUCUUCUCUGCCUCAUUAAAACUGAGCAACUCUCCUGUUUUCUCUUCUUUUCUCUCUUGCCAAACAAAUUUACCUUUUUCUAAUGGUGAGAGUAAAAAUGCAAUUCACCCUCUUUCUUCUCUGAUCACUCUUCUUCACUUCUUUGUUUUUUUUCUUCCCUUUGUUGCAUCUCAAAAAUCUGUCUUUCACUCUGCUUCUGAGGCAUUAUAUAGAAAGGAGACAGCUUUGGGGUUUUCAACUUCUGUUUUAUUUCAUCUUCCUGUCUGGUUUUAUAUCUGGUUUCUUUUGUUCAAAAUGAGUGUACAACACCUAAGGAGUGACAAUAAUAGUUUCAGUGGGUGUCAAAACAUGAAUUUUCUGCCUCCACCUGCCGCUUCUCAACUGUAUCUCGCUAGAUUUGGGGUAAUGGGUAAGUCUAGAGAGACGGAAACCAAAAAUCCUCAAACGGGGUUUCAGUUUUUGAGCCAUUCAAUGGACCAAAACGGAAAGCCAUGGAGUAUUCAACAGGUAGAAAACAGGGGAACUAAGAGGCCUCAUGAUGGGAGUGAUGGGAUUUUCGGAAUUCAAAAGAAAGAUCUGUCUUUGAAUUUAGUUGAAGAAGAGGAGCCUAAGAGCUCUGCUCCUGGUAAAAAUGGUCACACAAAGCUUUGUGCCCGAGGCCAUUGGAGACCUGCUGAAGAUGCCAAACUCAAAGAGCUUGUUGCCCAAUACGGUCCUCAAAACUGGAAUUUGAUUGCUGAGAAUCUUGAAGGAAGAUCAGGGAAGAGCUGUAGAUUAAGGUGGUUUAAUCAGCUGGAUCCAAGAAUAAACAGGAGGUCUUUCACUGAGGAAGAAGAGGAGAGACUCUUCGCUGCUCAUAGAUUGUAUGGUAACAAAUGGGCUAUGAUUGCUCGGCUUUUCCCUGGCAGGACUGAUAAUGCUGUGAAGAACCAUUGGCAUGUGAUCAUGGCUAGGAGACAUAGAGAACAAUCCAGCAUUUACAGGAGGAGGAAGCCCUCUUCUUCCUCACAAAUCGCCCCACCCAUCAAGGGACUUGAUGUUAAUUUGCAAAACAAUGCUUGCAGUGAUUCAACAACCAUAUCUAGCACCAUUGAUGAAUCUGCCUCAACAUGCACUGAUCUCUCCCUUAGUCCUUCUACCAAAGCACCUCCUAACCUUCUCACUAGGUUCAGUCCCCAAGGAGCUCCCAUGGGUUCAUUUGCUGAGAAGGAAGUGACAAUGGGAAAUUUGGAUUUUGACAAGUUCUAUUUCAGUAGGGGCAAAGGAUUCUAUCAAACUGGGUCUAUGGGAGUGGUUAUGGGGCAGGACCAGCCUGGUCAGUCAGAUUCAAACUCGGAUGUGUCUGCAACUGAGUCAGUUGGCACAGCCGUGAUCGGUGACAAUGAAAAUGGGAAUGGGAAAAUCAAUAUGACCUUUAUUGACUUCCUCGGGGUAGGAGCUACAUAAGAUGUGUUCAUUUUGGUAUAAAAUUAGAGAAAACCAGGUGAUCAUAACAAAGAGGAAAAAAAGAAAAAGAAGAGAAGUGGAUCUCAGGUCUCAGCCUCAUUUGCUACAGACUACAGUGUCUCAUAUACAGUUAGUUCCAUAUGUAGUAAAAGAGAACAAGAGUAAAAAUAGGUAAAUAGGAGGGGAAGCUGUAGUAGCAGCAGCAGCUACCCUGUUUGUUUAAAAAAUAAUCCUUUAAAAAAAGAAGAAAAAGAAAACCCUCUUAGUUUUGGACUUCUGUAGCAAAAAAACAUCAGGGCUAAGUCCUUCUCUAUGAUGUUCAUGGCAUUUUGUACGAGCAAGAGAGGCAAAAGCCAAAGCCAACAUUUGAUGUGUCAUUUUUCUUGAAUCUCUUAUGACCAGUGAGUACUGACUGAAACGUGAAUGAACCUGCCGCCCAUCUUUCAUGACUUUUCAA